AUGCCGGAUUUCGACCCGAACAACGUCAACCUCACCGAGGUCAGCCAAGAAGAUAUCGUCUGUUGGUAUGCCAUAUCUGGGAAUGACUACGAUGGCCGCUUGGGCGCGAGGGUCUCGUCCAUCUUCGUGAUCGGCUUUAUUUCCACUGCCACUACCCUUUUUCCUGUCAUUGCGAAGCGGGUCCCGAGCUGGAAGAUCCCAUUCGGCGUCUACCUUUUUGCGAGGUACUUCGGUACCGGUGUUAUUGUUGCGACUGCGUUCAUCCAUUUGCUGGAUCCUUCAUACUCUUCCAUCGGGCCGAAUUCCUGUAUCGGUAUUUCGGGCCACUGGGGCGAUUAUUCAUGGUGUGCAGCCAUCGUCCUGUCGUCGAUGAUGAUGGUCUUCCUGCUGGAUCUCGCGGCCGAUGUCUUCGUGGAAUGGAAGUACGGCGUUCAUCGAGACGAAACGGCUGUAGAUUCCUUCCUCACCGGUUACCAUGACCCUACCCACGGCCGUGACCAUGUUCAUCGCCAUCCCGAAAAUGAGGAAGAGGCCCAGAAGGGAGAGGGCACGCCGCCGCAUGCUGCCGCCGCAGCAGCAGUUAACAGCAAAGAGGGCACCGUCGACUGGCGUGAAGAUGGAGAGUCCAUCGUCGCGGAGAGAUCCUUCAGACAGCAGAUUGCCGCCUUCCUGAUCCUCGAGUUCGGCGUGAUCUUCCACUCCGUCAUAAUCGGCUUGAACCUGGGAGUCGUGGGUGAUGAGUUCUCGACGCUCUACCCCGUCCUUGUCUUCCACCAGUCCUUCGAAGGUCUCGGUAUUGGUGCCCGGAUGUCGGCCAUUCCCUUUGGAAAGCACAAGUGGCUGCCCUGGAUCCUGUGUCUAGCGUACGGACUGACCACUCCUAUCUCCAUCGCGAUCGGCUUGGGUGUGCGCACAUCGUACGCCCCCAACUCGAAGACCGCAAUGAUCGUGCAGGGUGUCUUGGACGCUAUCUCGGCCGGUAUUCUGAUAUACACUGGUCUCGUGGAACUACUCGCGCGCGAUUUCCUGUUCGAUCCUGACCGCACAAAGAGCCGUCUCCGGUUACUGUUCAUGGUUGUUUGCAUGCUGUUCGGCGCGGGUAUUAUGGCUUUGCUGGGCAAGUGGGCGUGA